AUGAAAUUUAUAUCUAUAAUAUGUGUAUUGAUUUUAAUAGCUUCAGCCACUAUGAAAGACUCAAAAAUUAUUCUAACAGAAAUAGAUUCUAAAAAUUCUGGAAGAAUAUUUUUAAAUGCAAUAUAAAUAGGUUUAGCCACAGGAUCACCUGUUCAUGAAAUCUAAAGUUAUAUUAAUAAUAUUAGGUAUUCAAAUAAGAUAUAUUAGUAUAGAUUUAUGAUUGAGUAAGAAUAAAAGGAUGCUGAUUUAUUUAUAUAAAAUACAGAAGCUUCAUGUAAUAGAUUAUUGCAUGAUUUUGCUACAAAUUUGGCAUACCAUCAAUAAUAAUUUAAAGCACAUUCUAAAAUCGUUGAAGUAUCUAAUUUAUUUGUAAAAUAAGGAAAAUUCAAGAAAUUUAGAACGUUCUUUAAAUAAGAUUGCUGAAGUGUCUGUAGAAAUAGAAGAAAAUUAAAGAAAAACAAAUGAAGGAUAGAGUGAAAGAGAUUUAUAAUACUCAGAAUUUCAAUCUAAAUAAAAAGAUCAUAUAGAAUCUGUUUAAGCAAUAGAUGAAGCUUAUGCAUUAAUUGAACAUUUAUCAGGUGGAUCUUCAUUUAUAUAAGUGAAAAGUAGAUUUACAAAAGUACUUUCAAGAUUAUAAAAGUAUAUUUAUUAAUUAUUUAAAAAUUCUAGUUAAUCAACAUCAGCAACUUUAUUAUUUUAGCCAAUUAUAUCAAUGAUGACUUAAAUGAAUUCAAGAGCUGAUGCUGAUUCAGCUAAGAAAGUCUUAUAACUUUUAGCUAAUUUAAGAGUUUAAAUAGUUGAGAGUAAAUCUUAAGAUGAAGACAUUGAAAAACAAUAAUCCUAAAGUUGGUAAAAAUUCUUAUCAGAUUUGAUUAAUGAGAGAAACACGCUUUAAGAUUAAAGAUAGAAUUUAGAAUAAGCGAUAUUAAAUUAUUAAAGUAUUAUAGAAGAAUCCGAAGGAAAGGUUGAAUAUCAUUAAGCUGAAGUAGAAAGAAAUUAAGUAAUUAUAUUUAAUAAUCUUCAGAAUAAUUUAGAUGGUCAAGAUUAAUGGUGUAGAUAACAAUAGGAAAUUUAUUAAAUGGAAUCAUAAUAAAGAGUUCAAUCCCUUGAUUUGAUCUCAAGAAUAGUCGAUCACAUUUAAGAUAAGAUUGUUACUCUUAAAGAAUACUUAAGAGAAAGAUUACAGAUACGUUGA